AUGUGCAGGAAACUGGGCUACACUUGCCCAGGCUACAUUUCAUCUCUUGUGAUUGUUCCCUUUCAGCCAGCAGGGAAGAGCGCUCCUUCCAAGGGAACAGAGUGGGGCAAAAGUGAUCCUCGAGCGUUGGCUGCUCGACGGGCAAUGCCAGUUGGGAUGUCUAUGUUAACUCCCGACCCAGUUUCCAUCUCCCGCGAAUAUUUCCUGCGUCGGCUUGUUGGCAGCGACCCCCUCCCGCAAAGGUCGGGGAUUCCUAGCCUUCUGUGUGCGUUCUUGGAUAGAGCCUUGUCGGUUGGCUCCUUUCAGUACGAAUGUACGAAGGCGCUUACUGUGAGCUAUCACUCAAUGACAGCUCUGGGUUCUCAUGGAAGCGCCGCUGGGGAAGCCAUGAAGGCAUAUUCCCAUGCUCUGAGAGCCGUAUGGAAAGCCAUCGACCAAGAUUCAACGACAGGACCGGACAUCCUGAUGAGCAUAAUGUGCCUUUGCCUCUACGAAAAUAUUGUCGUCACCGAGCCGAGGUCCUGGAUCAAGCAUUACAAGGGGAUCUCUCAUCUGAUUGAGAUAAACGGGCCAGAGCAUUAUCGAAAUGGAAGGAACAGAGACAUUCUGCUGGCCUUCCGCUACACAAUAAUUGUAAGCGCUGGAACGCUUCACCAGCCGUGCUUCCUGGCCGAAGAACGCUGGAGAAAAGCUAUGGAACUGACCGAAGAUGAAUCACGCGAUAUAUUGGACACUUUGCUCAAUAUCGCUGUUGACAUCCCCGGUCUCCUACAUGGUCUGAAUCAUCUAAAAGAUGACAGACUUCUGGAUAGAAGGAACCAUGCAAUCCUGAAAAGAAGUCUAGAACAGACCUUGACGUCACUUCAACAGUGGCAAGAUACCUCUUUUUUCCGGCCUAAUGCAAACAAUACCUCUCCCCCGGGAUCCAUCGCCCAAACUGCCCCCGCAAUCGCCUUCCACCAUAUGGCCCUUCUUCUCUUAGAAGAGCUGUGCUACCUGCUUGAGGUUCCGUGGCUGCCAUCGUCGCCUCCAUUGUCAGGGGUGAUAGCCGGGCUGGACAGGCUAUCAACUGCGCACACACGAGCGCAGCGCAAGCACGCUCUGGCAAGCGAGAUAUUGAGUCUGGCACAGCGAUCCAUAGGCGACGACACGGGUGUCUAUGGUGUCCUCCGCUUUAUCAUGCCCUUGCAUGUAGCCCAUGACCACCUCCUCCCUGCAAGUCCGGAGACUGAUGCUAUUGGAAAUCUCAUGAAUACCGUUAUGGCUGGGCAGCAUGGGUUCUACAUGGCGAGGCGGCAUGAAGGAAUGUAUACGUCAUUAUUGGGAUCAAGCUCUACUACGUAG